AAAAUGAAGCGACAGUAGCAACAACUAGGUAUGUGUGACGCCUACUUUUAUUCAAUAACAUGCGAGACGACCAGCAUGACUCUGCAAUGUAAUUCAGUCCACACAAUGGGAAACGGAUGAGCCCUUGUCCACCUAAAACACCACAAGGUCGUCAUGUGACAGUCACACGGCCAGGCUAUUGUGUUUCAGAUCAGUGUCAGCGGAAGUGUAUUCAACGCAGUCAUGUCGACGAAGUCGCUGGGGAACUUUGUACAGUGUCCUGUGUGUAGGACAAGCCACGCCCCCACCAACGGAGCGCUGAAGGAUGGCGUCUAUGCUUCUACCUGUGAAAACUGUGGCCACUUCUUCAAGUUCAAGGCCACAGGUCCUCUCAAGUCCUCUGUCACCUUCACCAUCAAUGGGACUUCCUACACAGUUGGCAACCAGUAUGCCGCAGCUCUGUCCCUGAAUGAGUUCAUGAGGUCCCAGGGUGUGUCCUAUGGCACCAAGGUGAUGUGUAUGGAGGGAGGGUGUGGCGUGUGUCUCGUCACUACCACACUGUAUGAUCCCAUCACAAAGGCCGUGCAGACCUACACAGUCAACUCGUGUCUGGUACCACUCUACACGUGUGACGGGAUGCAAGUGACAACAAUCGAGGGUCUCGGCAACCCCAGGGACGGCCUACACCCGAUACAAGACCGUCUGGCACAGUACAAUGGCUCUCAAUGUGGCUUCUGUAGCCCCGCCCAGGUCAUGAAUAUGUAUGGUCUUCUGAAGAGGACACCCAAACCUACGAUGCAGCAAGUUGAGAACGCCUACGAUACCUCUAUCUGCCGUUGUACAGGGUACCGACCAAUUCUGGAUGCCAUGAAGUCCUUCGCUGCUGAUGCUGCACCAAACCUUCCUGGGGGAGCCAUUGACAUUGAGGAACUGGACAAGAAGAUAUGCAGCAAAACCGGGAAGACCUGCACUGGACACUGCUCAUCUGAGGGACAGACCGACCCGGAGCACGUCCCCCUCCACAUUGUGCUGCAGGGGUCACAGUGGUACAAACCCACCACCAGACAGCAGCUGUACGCCCUCCUCGGCCAACACAAGGGAGACAACUACAGACUUGUGUUCGGAAAUUCAGGAUAUGGUGUGUAUAAGGAACUUAGUCCAUGGCUCUAUGACGUCCUCAUUGAUCUACGUGGGAUCCAGGAGUUCUAUGACAUUUCGGUGGACUCCUCCAGAGUGAUGUUUGGUCCAAGCAUCACCCUGACCAACAUGAUGGAGGUGUUCGAGACAAACGGCACCAACCCUGGAUUGUCCUACUUCCGGGAUUUCGCCAGCCACGUGGCUGUCAUUGCUAACACUGGCGUCAGGAAUUUGGGCAGCUGGGCCGGUAACCUGAUGCUGAAGAACCUGCACACUGAGUUCCCGUCUGACGUCUUCACCAUUUUUGAGACAGUCGGAGCAACUUUGACAAUCGGUUCGAGUGAUGGAACGGAGACAUCAUACAGUCUGAUUGACUUCCUGAACCUCGACAUGAAGGGCAAGGUCAUCCUGUCUGUGACACUUCCAACAUUCCCAUCUGGAGACGUGUAUGUCAAGACCUUCAAGAUUACCCCCAGACAUCAGAAUGCCCACGCCUAUGUGACAGCAGGCUUCAGGAUGCAGUUGGACAGGAACAACAACUUCACUGUCAAGACAAAGCCAUCCCUGGUCUAUGGUGGCAUCAGUAAAACGUUGGUCCAUGCCGGCAACACAGAGACAUAUUUACAGGGGAAGCAACUGGGAGAUCCAGCAGUACUCAAAAGUGCUAUAGCAACUCUGUCGGCCGAGCUGGUCCCCGACACCACCCCUGGCUUGUCCAGUACAACCUACAGGAAGAACCUGGCCGUCUCUCUCUUCUACAAGUGCGUGCUCGGCAUGUGUGGUGAGAAGGCAGCAGCAAGAUUCCGGAGUGGCGGCAACAACUUGAUAAGGCCAGUUUCAUCAGGCACUCAGACAUAUGACAGUCGUAAAGAUGAAUACCCUUUGACUGAACCUAUGACCAAGGUGGAUGCAACCCUACAAACAUCAGGCAGGGUGCAGUACGUCAAUGAUGUACCUCCCGUUCAAGGUGAAGUCUUCGCAUCCUUUGUCAUCAGCAGCGUCGGCAACGCAGAAAUCGACAGCGUCGACACAUCUGCAGCCCUGAGUUCUCCUGGAGCCCUGAAGUACAUCUCUGCCUCUGACAUACCGAAAGGCGGCAGCAACAGUUUCAGACAGCCGGGUGCUGGCGUAGAGGAGAUAUUCUGCAGUGGCCGUGUUCUCUACAGCGGACAGCCAAUUGGCAUCAUCGUUGCAGUGGACAAACUAUCAGCGGACAGAGCAGCCAGCAUGGUGAAAGUUACCUACAAGAACGUCCAGCCUCCCAUCAUUACAAUGGAAGAUGCCAUUCAGAAGAAAUCCAUAUUUCCAAAUGUGGCACAGGAGUUCAAAGUUGGUGAUGCUGCAGCCGCAAUUGCGACAUCGGACAAACACGUUUCUGGCCGUAUCAAGAUGGGUCACCAGUACCAUUUUCAUAUGGAAACACAGGUGAGCAUCUGCUACCCAGCCGAGGACGGCGUGGGCGUGAGUCUUCUGUCGUCCACACAGUGGACGGAUCUGGAACAACUGAUUGUAGCCAAAGCUCUCAACAUUCCAGAAAGCAGUGUCAACGUUACAGUCAGACGUCUGGGAGGAUCGUACGGUGCCAAAAUAACACGUGCUCAUUUAUCGGCUUGUGCAGCGGCUAUCGGCACACACGUCAUGAGGAGACCUGUUCGACUAAAUAUGAACUUCCAUACCAACAUGAAGACCAUCGGAAAACGAUUCCCGUAUCUUGCGGAUUACACAGUUGGUGUGACAAAUGAAGGUAAACUGAACGGAAUCCAGUUUACCGUGAAUGCAGACUGCGGUAUGUCCCCCAAUGACUGUUCGUUGGCUUCAUUCCCACCAUGGAUGGACAAUGCCUACUACUGUCCGGCGUGGGAUUUUAAACCAGUCGCCCUGAAGACUAAUCUCCCAACGAACACUGCUUGUCGGGGACCAGGGUCAUGUCCCGCCAUCUUCAUCAUGGAGACGAUGAUGGAUCACGUGGCCAAAGUCUUGAACCAAGACCAGCUAGAGUUCAGGAAACUCAACUUGUUCAACAAAGGUCAAAAAAGUGCAAAUGGAAUGGUUUUGGAAUAUUGCAACAUCAAAGACAUGGUGGCUCAACUGGAGACGUCAGCCGAUGUCCAGUCCAGAAAGCAACAGGUCACAGCCUUCAACCAGGCGAACAGAUGGAAGAAGAAGGGCAUUUCGGUUAUGCCUCUCCGGUGGGACUUGAACUACGCUCACGCCAACUACAACGUCUACAUGACCGUCUACCACGGGGAUGGCUCCGUCGCAAUAUCGAUCGGCGGUGUGGAGAAUGGACAGGGAAUAAACACCAAGAUGAUGCAGGUAUGUGCCUUUGAGCUGGGUAUUCCUAUGGACACGAUCAAGGUGAAGCCAACGACGACUCUGGCGGACUCCAACUCCAUCACUACAGGAGGCAGCAUCACCAGUGAAGUCAACGCAUUGGGAGUCAUGCAGUGCUGUCAACAAUUAAAGACCCGGAUGGCUCCGGUCAAAGCCAAGAUGGUCAACCCUACUUGGCAGCAGCUGGUUGCUAAGUGCUACAGCGAAGGAAUGGACUUGUCAGCCAGAAACUUCACCAACCCUACAGGCGUCAGCACUAACUACAACAUCUACGGUGCAACUUGCACAGAGGUCGAGGUGGACGUUUUGACCGGGGAGAACCAAAUCAACAGAGUGGACAUCCUGUAUGACUGUGGAGAGAGCAUGAACCCUGAGAUUGACAUUGGACAAGCUGAGGGUGCGUUUGUGAUGGGCUUGGGCUACUGGAUGACCGAACAGAUGAUCUUUGACCCCAAGACUGGCACCGCCCUGACGGAUGGCACAUGGGAAUACAAACCACCACUUGGAAAGGAUAUACCUAUCGAUUUCCGGAUCCAGUUUUUGAAGAAUGCCCCGAACCCUCGAGGCGUCCUCAGGGCAAAAGCUGUGGGGGAGCCGCCCCUGUGUAUGGCUGCAUCAGCGUUGUUUGCUGUGAAACACGCCAUCGAGGCUGCCAGAAAGGAAAUAUCAAAGGAUACAUUCUUCCCACUCGACGGCCCAGCGACGGUGGAAGUGAUACAGGGAGCCUGUCAAGUUGACAACUCACAACUGGUGUACGGGACAUGAAUCAGCUGGCGUACGGGACAUUGAUCAUAUGGUUUAUGGCACGUGAAUCAGCUGGCGUACGGGACAUUGAUCAUAUGGUUUAUGGCACGUGAAUCAGCUGGGUUACGGGACAUGGAUCAUAUGGUUUAUGACACGUGAAUCAGCUGGUGUACAGGACCUGAUUUAUGGGACGUGAAUCAUGUGGUGGUUGUGACAUCGACAAACGUUUGGGAGCUAUUCGUACAUAAAAUGAAUGUGACUGUCGCACUCUGAUUGGUUGAAACAAAACGUUGGCAUUCUGCACAUAACAUUCUGCGACCUUCUGGACUUUUCACUGCGCAUUGGUACUUUUCCUAGAGUCAUCAUGUCUGCUCUGACCCAAAUUUGAAAUUGUUCAAUUGUUACUGUUUUCUGUUUAUGAAGCAAACUGUUAUCCUGGUCGUUCGCUAGUCAUUGACACACAUAUAUUGUGUGAUGAAGAAGUUAAUGUCGCAGAGCUGUUUCAGUACACCUUGGAGUGCUGAGCGAAAUUACCCAUACCUCCAAUUCCAAUGUGGAAACGAGGGCACGGGUGGCCCAGUCGUCUAAGGCGCCGCGUUUCGCUGUGCAGAGUUGCGUCUCUUGGGCACGCCAGAAACCUAUGAUUGUGGGUUCGAAUCUUGGUUCGCCCCGAAUAUGUUUCUAGGU